AUAUUCAACCUGCUCAGGCUUCGAGUUUAGCGAAUACAUACAGGAGUCCCAUACACCGAUAUAGAAGCACGCAAAUCACAACGAGUAUACGAGUAAUAAAUUGAAGAAAGAAACGAUGUCUUGGUUAUUUGGCGGCAAAUCAGAAGAACAAAAACAACAGGAAUUAAAACAAUCCUUAGGGUUUGACCCAUCACAAGUUAGCGAUGUGUCAAGUUUCUUACAACCAGGAGUUUUAGACACUCAAAGAUUACAUCCAUUAGCAGGAUUAGAUAAAGGAGUUGAAUAUUUAGAUUUAGAAGAAGAACAAUUGAAUGAUAUUGAAGGAUCCAAAGGGUUAAUUCCAUCAAGAAGUUGGACUGAUGAUUUAUGUUAUGGUACCGGUGCAGUUUAUUUAUUAGGUUUAGGUAUUGGGGGAGCUUAUGGAUUUCAAGAAGGAGUUAAAAAUUUACCUAAAAACGCUCCACCAAGAUUACAAUUAAAUACUAUAUUAAAUCAUAUUACUAAAAGAGGUCCAUUUUUAGGGAACAGUUCUGGUGUUUUAGCAUUAACUUAUAACCUUGUUGAUUCAAGUUUAGAUUCAAUUAGAGGUAAACAUGAUGAUUUAAAUUCUUUAUUAGCUGGUGGAUUAGCCGGUGCAUUAUUCAGAAGUAGUGCUGGUAUAAGACCAAUGGCCUAUUCUACUGCUUUAAUGACAGGGGCAGCAGCUGCUUGGUGUGGAUUGAAACGUUUAUUAGCAUAAGUUAAAUAAUGCUAAAUAUUAUAUACUGUACAUAGA